CCGGCCUCAGUUCUUGAACGAACCUCAAGCGGUGAACAGCAACUAAAGCGAAUCAGCAGCACACUCUAGAGCAGUGGAACGCAGAAACCUUGAGUGAGAAGCUCUCAAACCGGUUCAACAGCUGAUUGUGUGUUGUGUAUAGAAAGGACUUGAACCAUAAACUCAAAAAAAUCGAAACAAAAAGUGGACGGUGAAGAAAUUUUGAAGUUCUACAAACGGAAAAGUUCAUAAGAACCCAUCAGCACAAAGCAAAUCUGCACACGAUUCACCAGCCGAGAAUCGCCUUCAAUUGGCUGCUACAGUCGCCAGGAACGUGAUUUCCAUACACUUAAACGAUCACCAAGUGGACCUGAUUCGCAUUCGGUGGAAUAAAGAGUGACGAGUUCUGCGCGCGGAAGUGUCGUUACCAAUUGAGAGUGAUCCCAGUGUUUGCAAAUUAAAUUUCGCGAUUCGCGCGCGACGUUUCUCAGCCAAUCGAGAGCAAUUUAGUGGCCGUUGCUGGGAAGAAGGUCAACGCAAGUGAAUCUACGUCAGUGGGACUUGGGAGAGACGGCUGCUUAGCAGCACAUUGUCAGUGAGCUAAGAAUAGCUGAAUAGCGAAAGUAUGGCCGUGAACGUGCUGAUCAAGGCAUUGCUUGCCUUUGCACUGUUGGUUAAGUGCAUAGACAGUGCCAAAAUUUUGGCUAUUUUUCCGGUGCCAUUUAAGGAGCACCAACUGGGUUAUAGGCCUUUGAUAGAGCGGCUGGCAAACGUGGGCCAUGACAUCACGCUACUUACGACGGAUCCAAUCGAUAUGCGAUUGGCUGGAAAUGGCUCGUUGGUGAAACGGAUCGAGCAGAUCGAUCUGAGCUUCGUGUACGAUCUGCCCAUUCUGGAGGAGCUUAACGCGGUCGGUUUGGACGAGAGGGACAUGCUGAGGAAUGUUUUUAACGUGAUGAGGAAGAUAUCGGAAGCGGAGCUGCAGCAUCCGUCCGUCCAGGAGCUGAUCCGAGGCGCAGGGAAGUUCGAUGUCGUCAUGGUUGAGUGGUCCGGAGUGAGUUUGAUGAACGCCUUCGCGCAUCACUUCAAGGCUCCACUGGUGGGCAUCAUCAACGCAGGGGCGUACAUCAACGCCCACGAAGCGCUCGGCAAUCCCAACCACCCUAUUGGAUAUCCGAGCAUCUUUAUGCCGUUCACCGAAGACCUGAACCUGCUGCAGCGCAUCUCCAGCGUGUUCUUCACCAUCUGGUUCCGAUUCUACUACUACACCGAGGAAGUCCCCCUGCAAAACGCUAUCGCCAACAAGAACUUUGGCGCCCAACUCCCCGACUUGUUCGAGAUUGAACGUCAGGCCGACCUGCUGCUGAUCAACGCGUACCAAGCCCUCGGCAAUGUACGCCCGGUGGGACCGACCACGCUCUACCUCGGUGGAAUCCACCGCAAAUCGGCCGCUGAUCUGGCCGCCGGUGGCCUUUCCGAGGAUCUGCAGUACUUCCUGGAGCACUCGCCGGAACCGAUCGUGUACAUCAACCUGGAUCUGGACGCCGUCGCGGACCACUACCGGCUGGAGAAGAUCGUCCGGGCGCUGGAAAGCCUCGGCGCGACCAUUGUCUGGAACUGGAACCAGGGCCAGUUCGUGAACACCACCACCAGGAUCUACCAGUCGUACGAUCUGCCCCAGGAGGAUAUCCUCGCGCACCCCAAGGUGAAACUGUUCAUCACCAGUGGCGGUCAGCGGAACAUCGAGGAUGCCAUCCACCAUCGGGUUCCGGUGCUGGGAGUCAGCUAUUCUAGCUCGCUGGAGCACUAUCUGAGACAGGUGGCCAAGUACGAGGCUGGAAUUAUAUCGUUAAUCGACUUUGAAACCCAGGCGACCUUUACCGACAAGUUGCAGGAUGCGUUCGGGCUUGAGAUCUACCAAUCCCACAUGAACGCGCUGAAUCGUCUGCUAGCGGAUCAACCGAUGAGCUCGCUGGAACGGGCCGUCUGGUGGAUCGAGUACGUAGCCCGCCAAGGUGGUACCAAGCACCUGCGCACGCCCCAGCUGUCCUGGUUCCAGUACCUGAUGCUGGACGUAACGCUAACCGUGGCGUUCUUCACCAGCCUGGCCGGACUGGCCGUUGCCUACGUCGUGUGUCGGGCGGUGCGUUACUCGCGGAGCUUACCGAUCGAAAUGGUAACGCGGGGCAGCCGAAAGUGUAAGAAGCUGUGAAUUGUGCCAUUUGCUGGUUGUGUACGAAAAGCUGAGCAAGCUGAAGGGAACUGAAUCGAUUGUUUUGUAUUUACAUGUGACACUCGCGAUAUCUUUAAAACCAUGUUUAAGCCACCUGAAUCAUACUAGUUCUAUACUUUUUAAGGAUCCUUGUGAUAUUAGAUUGUAAAUUGUUCAAUAUAUUAAGAAAUAAAAGUUUAAAAUAAAA